CGAGCGCGUGUCGGGUUCGGGUGGAACGGUGUCAGACCCACCCUGUUCGUGGAAAGAAGGAAGAGCUCGAAGUCGCCGCGAUCAAGAAGAGCCCGAGUCGAAGGUUUUGGACGGCGGCGGUGUCGCUCCCGACCGCAACAAAUCCGUCGCCUUUCUCUCGAUUCCAUCCAGCCUCUCUUCUCCAAUGACAACUACGAUGUGACAAAAUUCAAGUGUGAAACGAGCAGUUCGUCUCCUGCCUGAGUAAUUUACUCACUUUCCCCUUCAAAUUUAGCUCUUAUCUUGCCAUGUUCAUUUUUGUUUCAUGGUAAGGUGAUGGUGACAAGAGUAAGAGGUUAAUUUUUUUCACCUUUCCAAACUUCAGGAACAUUUGGAAUGUUGUCUUUGGAGGCCUCAUUCCAAGGUACUCCUUCUCUGCAAGCAAGCAUCUCACAAUGGAGGGUCGGUUUGUAAGUCUGGGAGAAAAUGUUGAUUCUGGGGAGGACAUUUAGACAAUUCGGUUGCGUUGCGAGAGUUGUAGAGCUUAAAUGCCAAAGGUGCAGAUGUUAUCUCCCCCGACACUUUGUGCUUUCCAUGUCUGCCUUGUUUGGGUGACACUGGCAUAUGUGCUUUUGCUUCGCCCUUCGGAGGAUACGGCGGCGGUGAGGGUAUUAGUUCUUUACGUGCAUCUCAUGGUUUUCUCCACCUGUGUUGGUCUGUUUCCGGGUACGCUACACGUGAAGCUUUGUGCAAGUGUGGGGCCCGGGCGGGACCCGUCGAGUGUCGCUGGGGCAGCUUAUUAUGAGGCGGUGUAAUCGGGGUGCGGAGAAUUUUGGCUUCGGAUGAUGCGGGAUCCACUGUUGCCUCCAGUCACGCGGCAGGUACGCGUUGCGGCGGAAGAAAUUUCAGGUAAAUGACGCAAAAGCGCUUGGGGGAGCUGACGUGUAUAAAAUGCAAGCUAGAAUUCUCGAAGCGAGACGGAGGGAGGCGGUUACUUUCUUGCUUCGGUCUCUCCGCUAUUUCGUUCUCCUCCUCUUUCUUUGUUUCGAUCUCCCUCCGAGGUCGCCAAUGGCCGCCUCUCUCCAAGGCUUGGUUCCCCUCCGACGCCCUGACCCUGAUAUUUAUGGCAUCCGACCGGGCGCCGACUCCUUCCCGGUGGUCGUCGCCCCCUGCUUCCUGGGUCCGGCCCAUUCCCCGCUCUCGAAGAGACGGUUGGGAGCUCGCCUCGUGUCCGUGGAUCGGCGGUCGAUGAAAAUCAUUCCUCUCGCGGCUUCUCGCGAGGAACAGAAUCGUUCAGAUAUUGAAUUGGAGAAAGGAGCUGGGGCAUCACAAGAAACAUGGAAGAAGGCACUACAACGAUUCAUGACUGAAGCCCUGAAAGUCAUGGCCGUAUCAGAAGGAGCAUAUGGGAUUUACUCAAAGAAAGCAAUAGAAAUAUUGAUGGAUACAUUUGAGAAGCUCAAGAUCCAAGCUGAUAAAGCACGGGAUGAUUUGAGAAUAAUAGCCAAAGAAUUUUCAAAAGAAGGAAAAGAAUAUUUUUCAGCAGCAGCGAAGAAUUCUCCUGACUCAUUGAGAGACAUUUUGGAAAUUUAUGCAUCACCAAGUGACUUGAAGAACACGUCUGCCAUUAGAGAUUUUUACCUUGGAAUUCCAUAUGGUUCCUUUCUUGCCGUUGGUGGUUUCAUUUAUUUCAUGCUAACCGGAAGCAUUCCUGCCAUUCGUUUUGGUGUUAUACUUGGCACUGCAAUUUUGGCUCUGAGCGUGUCAAGCUUGAGGUCAUGGAAGAAUGGGAAAGAAACCUCACUUCUUUUGAUAGGGCAAACUGCAAUUUCCAGUAUUAUAUUCUGCAGGCAGUGGUUGUUGUGUUCUGAGAGGGGUUCAUUUUCAAGCCUUCUGACAGUUCUUAUCAGUGGUGCAAUGGUAGGUUUCUAUGCCUAUAGGUUCGUGAUUGAUCAUCGUGAGGGUCCCAAGCGUGGAACAGAGUUCAGAGAGUUGGUGGUAAUUUUCUUUUUUCUUCUUUUCAAUCUUUGGUAAUUUGAACCCCUUUUCCACCAUUCUGAGCAGCUUCUUGUUCGCAAUUACAGAUUGGUGAAGGUGACCAAUAUUAAUCUCUUCCUUCGCCUGCUCUUCCGUCAACCUGAUUCGGAAGGAGUAAUUCGC